UGAGAGACUGACGGCAGRGAUGCUCAGAACGAGUAGCCAUUAUUGACUUCACAAAUAAUUAAUUUCAGAAAUAAGGUCUUGUAAAAUCGGUCGAGGUUUACUGUUUUCAUUAACAUUUGGCUCAUAUCACAAUACAUUUUGUUUUAUUUAUUUAUUAUUGGGUAGCACAGCCUACAUGGAUUUAUACGGAAAGAUGGCUGCCACUCAGGGGACCACUCAAGGGAAGGAGGGCGCGGACCAGAACUUUGAUUACAUGUUCAAGCUGCUGAUCAUUGGGAACAGCAGCGUGGGUAAAACCUCCUUCCUUUUCCGCUACGCUGACGACGCCUUCACCUCAGCCUUCGUCAGCACUGUGGGCAUCGACUUCAAAGUCAAGACUGUCUACAAGAAUGACAAGAGGAUCAAAUUGCAGAUCUGGGACACGGCGGGACAGGAGCGGUACCGGACCAUCACCACUGCGUACUACCGCGGAGCCAUGGGCUUCAUCCUUAUGUAUGACAUCACCAACGAGGAGUCCUUCCAUUGUGUGCAGGACUGGUCGACCCAGAUUAAGACCUAUUCGUGGGACAACGCCCAGGUGGUGUUGGCUGGGAACAAAUGUGACAUGCAGGAGGAGAGGGUGGUGGCUGCAGACAGUGGGAGACAACUGGCAGAACAACUGGGUUUUGAGUUCUUUGAGACAAGUGCCAAGGACAACAUCAACGUCAAGCAGACCUUCGAGCGCCUCGUUGACAUCAUCUGUGACAGGAUGUCCGAAAGCCUGGACACUGACACCGCCGUUACCAUGGGAACACCCAGCGCCAAACUGACAGACAGCGCCCCGCCCCUCCAGCAGCCCGCCUGCAACUGUUAGUGGCUCCCCUCAGUUACUGUGUUGCCAAGAUACCCAGUCCCUUAGAUCUAGUCUGCAUCCCAAAUUACAUCCUAUUACCUAUUUCAGAGUUUCUUUAAUCUUAAACUAUGGGUUGGGAUGCAAAAUGGGGCCUGGGCAUGUGAGAGGUGAGUCGCAUUAUAGAAUACAUCUAUAAUCACACACAAUUUCUUCUUAAUAUCGUUGGAGGACGAUUUGGUUCACGGGAUGAUGGUACAUUUUUUAUUUGGGUCUCGAGCUGAAAAAGUUUAAGAACCCUUGCCUUAUAUAAUGCACUACUUUUGAGCAGGGCCCACAUAGUGCUCUUGUCAAAAGUAGUUCACUAUGUAGGGAAUAGGGUGCUAUUUUGGAUACAGCCAGUCUUAAAGGUACAAUGCUGACAUUU